ACUCCUUAUAAAAGCUAUUGACUUUUUUAUUUAGCAAAAUUAUGUUAAUGUAUCAUCUUAACAAAAUAUAAUUUUAAAUAAUAUGUUAAUGUACUCGUACUUCCUCUUGUUUGCAUAGGUUUUAGCUCAUGUAUAGGGUUUUUCAGUCUCCCCCCUCAUCUCUCCUUAUACUUCUGCGACUGUGCAGCGCAAUCAUCUUCUCGUUUGAAACCUUGCUCUAGUUAUAUACGGGAAGAUGAAGGUUAAAGUUAUAUCGCGCUCGACGGAUGAUUUCACUCGAGAACGCAGUCAAGACCUUCAGAGGGUAUUCCGGAACUUUGACCCCAGCCUUCGACCUCAAGAAAAGGCGACGGAAUAUGUUCGUGCUUUGAAUGCUGCUAAAUUAGAGAAGAUUUUUGCAAAGCCAUUUGUUGGGGCUAUGGAUGGGCAUAUGGAUGCAAUCUCGUCUAUGGCUAAAAAUCCGAAUCACUUGAAAGGAGUAUUUUCGGGUUCAAUGGAUGGAGAUAUUCGCCUUUGGGAUAUAGCUAACAGGAAAACGGUAUGUCAGUUUUCUGGUCACAAAGGUGCGGUGCAUGGUUUGGCGGCAUCUACAGAGGGACGUGUUCUGGUGUCAUGUGGAACUGACUGCACUGUGAGGCUCUGGAGAGUGCCUGUUUCUACUCUACUGGAAGCAGAAGAUGAAUCUGAGAACUCAGCCAAGUCAAUGGCAGUUUAUGUCUGGAAAAAUGCGUUCCGGGCUGUUGACCACCAAUGGGAUGGUAACCUUUUUGCAACAGCUGGUGCACAAGUAGAUAUAUGGGACCACAACAGGUCUCAGCCGGUGAACAGUUUUUCUUGGGGGAAUGAUACUUCCAUAUCAGUUCGAUUUAAUCCUGGUGAACCUGAUAUUUUGGCAACAUCAGCUAGUGAUAGAAGCAUAACUAUAUACGAUUUACGAAUGUCAUCAGCGGCAAGAAAGAUUAUUAUGAGGACCAGAACUAACUCUGUUGCGUGGAAUCCCAUGGAACCAAUGAAUUUCACUGCUGCAAAUGAGGAUUGUAACUGCUACAGCUAUGAUGCUAGAAAACUAAGUGAAGCCAAGUGUGUUCACAAGGAUCAUGUCUCCUCAGUGAUGGAUAUCGAUUAUUCACCAACUGGUCGUGAAUUUGUGACGGGAUCUUAUGACAGAACAGUGAGAAUAUUUCAGUAUAAUGGUGGUCACAGCAGGGAAAUCUAUCAUACAAAGAGAAUGCAAAGGGUGUUCUGUGUGAAAUUCAGCUGCGAUGCAAGUUAUGUUAUCUCAGGAAGUGAUGAUACCAACCUUCGGUUAUGGAAAGCUAAAGCAUCUGAGCAAAUGGGAGUUCUUUUGCCCAGAGAACGUAAAAAUCAUGAAUAUCUGGAAGCUGUCAAGAAUCGUUACAAACAUCUUCCUGAGAUCAAACGUAUUGUCAGACACGGGCACCUGCCUAGAGCAAUUUACAAGGCUGCAAAUCUGAGGCGAGAGAUAACAGAAGCCGAAAGGAGAAAGGAAGAUAGAAAGAGAGCUCAUAGUGCACCGGGUAGCAUGCCAAAGCAGGCCUUGCGUAAAAAGAGGAUCAUUCAAGAGGUUGAAUAAUAAUAAUAAUAAUAAUAUAAUACAGAGUAAUAAUAUGUUUUUGUUCAUUAUUUAUAGUGAGCUGUAUUUUGUUUUUAUAAUUAAAGAGCUGUAGGCUGGAUAAUUACAGAGCUGUGAUAUUUUUUUUUUCAUAACUAUUAACAUGUGUUAGGAUUCGUGUUGGCGAUUUGUUUGAUUUGAUUUCGUAAAAUAUUGUGAAAUUCUAUUUUUGUGUUACAUUGAUAUGCUUUCUUUCUCACAACGGUCAC